AUCAUCUUACUGGCCCUGACAGAACUGCAUGAGAAAUAUGACUGGAAACACACACACACACACCCUGCCAGGAGAAACGCACUAGCCUACUAGUCUGAGAAGAGUAAAAAAUGAUGUCUGAUGAGUGAAAAAAGUCCUGAUGAGCCAUGCAUCAACAUAGCUUGAGCUUCAGCCUUUCCACCCUGUCUUCCACGGAUGGCUGCAUCAGGAUGCUCAUGCGGUUUCAGGAACAAGGGAGCGCGUUCCUGGGAAAUUCUCCUGCAGAAGCCUCGUGGUGUAGAACCGAGCAGAAUCUUUAUGACGGUCACCGACCAGUGGAACGGAAGCGGUACAAGAACGUGAUCGCUCUGACAACCUCCUCCAGGUGCCUGCCUGACUUCUGUCCUUCGCAAAGGGUCUUGCCUCACCUGGACUCCAGACCCUGGAAAAGGAGAAGCCAAGAAAGGACUGAAUCAAGCCUCGCACAAAGAACAAGCACCCUGCCAAGGAGGACAGCACCUUGGAAGACAGCUGGGGAAGGAGCCGAAGGGGAGAAAAGCAGCAGGACUCUGUGUGUGUGUGAGGAAGAGAUGGCCUCCUCUUCUUCCCAGCCACCCCCGAGCUCAUCACUAGGAGACAGAGCUGCACCGUGUGCUCUGGAGACCUCAGCAGAGGGGGAAGACGACGUCGGGGAGGCCUUUGACUUCGACGACAGCGAGGAAGAGGAAGACAGUGCCCGGCUGCUGGUCAGCAAUGCCAGGAAGGAGCUGGGCACCAGGGAAGCACUCCAGGACCCUCCCCGGAGGCGGCGGUCCAGCAUCAGCGAUGACCUGGAGCCCCUGGGCGACUGGGAGGCCGAAGAAGCUCUCCUCGAGGGGCGGGAACCGUUGACUCCGUCAGACUCCCACACGGAUCUUGAUUUCUUGGGACCACAAGCACAGUCAGAGUUCCUGGGAGUCGUCAGCAAUGGAGACGUGGUGGGAAGCUCACAGCCUGGGGUCCGAGCCUACAGCUGGAAAAGGAAGAGCUUCCGGAGAGGCGCUCGGUUUAAUCCCCCAGCACCCGAAGAUGAUGUGAUCUAUGAUGACGUUCCUUAUGAAAAUGUGGACCCCGCUCAGUAUGAUUCAGAGAAGAGCCUCAUUUAUGAGGACGUCCAUCAUGGCAAGGAGCUGCAGGAGGCCGAUGAUUUAGGCUGGAGCUCCAGCGAGUUUGAAAGCUACAGCGACAACUCGGGCGAGGAGAACAAGCCGGAAGCCGGACCUGCCAAGCCCAAGGUGUCCUUCCAGCCCAAGCUCUCCCCAGACCUCCAUAGGCUAAAGGAGAGAUACUCCAGGACUAAGAGGGACAUUCUGGCUUUGAGAGUUGGGGGGAAAGACAUGCAGGAGCUGAAGCAGCGCUACGACUGCAAGAUGACGCAGUUGAUGAAAGCUGCCAAGAGCGGCACCAAGGAUGGCCUGGAGAAGACCAAGAUCGCUGUGAUGCGGAAAGUGACCUUCCUGCACAAGAAAGAAGUCCCAGGGGAUGGAGAGCCCAGCCGGAGUGCGCCCGAGAUGGGACGGAAGCGUUCUCUUUCUUGGACUGGGGAGCUCUCCAAGGCUCACAGGGUGUGCUCGGAGAGAGGUGAUUCCGAAGAGGAGGAGAUGGGAUUCCUGGACGGGGUCACUGUCGCAGAUAUUAAACAUCCGCUUCCUGAGCUGGGCCCGAUGCCAGAUGGACUAAGUCCACAGCAGGUGGUGCGCCGUCACAUCCUCGGCUCCAUUGUGCAGAGCGAGAGGAGUUACGUGGACUCCUUGAGGCGGAUCUUGCAGGACUACAGAAACCCCCUGAUGGAGAUGGAGCCCAAAGUUCUAAGUGCCCGGAAAUGCCAAGCGGUUUUCUACCGGGUCAAAGAGAUCCUUCAGUGCCACUCCAUGUUCCAGAUUGCCUUGUCGUCACGCGUGGCUGAGUGGGACACGGCGGAGAAAAUCGGGGACCUCUUUGUGGCUUCUUUCUCCAAGUCCAUGGUGCUGGAUGUGUACAGCGAAUAUGUCAACAACUUCACCAGUGCCAUGUCUUUGAUCAAGAAGGCCUGCCUGACCAAACCAGCCUUCCUGGAGUUCCUCAAGAAGCGGCAGAUGGCCAGCCCGGACCGGGUCACCCUCUACGGGCUGAUGGUCAAGCCCAUCCAGAGGUUCCCCCAGUUCAUCCUUCUGCUGCAGGACAUGCUGAAGAACACCCCAAAAGGCCACGCGGACCGGCUCUCGCUCCAGCUUGCCCUCACGGAACUGGAGACGCUGGCUGAGAAACUCAACGAGCAGAAGCGACUGGCUGACCAGGUCACGGAGAUCCAGCAGCUGACCAAGAGCGUCAGCGACCGGAGCAGCCUCAACAAGCUCCUGAAUUCAAGCCAGAGGCAGCUUCUGCUGUGUGAGACCCUGACGGAGACCGUUUACGGCGACCGGGGCCAGCUCAUCAAGUCGAAGGAGCGCAGGGUGUUCCUCCUGAACGACAUGCUGGUGUGCGCCAACGUCAACUUCAAAGGCCAGCUGGAAAUCAGCAGCCUCGUCCCGCUGGGCCCGAAGUACAUCGUGAAAUGGAAUGCGGCCCUCCCGCAGGUCCAGGUGGUGGAAGUUGGGCAGGAGAGCAGCGGGUACGACAAGGACCACGUUGUCGUCCAGAACGUGGGGUCCAAGAAGCACGUGCCCAGCAGUCAAUCUUCGCACACAGAGCCUAAGUGGAGGCAAACAGUCAGCCCUACCAGGCAGCAGCAGCAGCAGAGCCAUCCGCCCACGUCAGAAUCUCAGAGAGAGAGGUCCCUGCACUGUCAAGAUAAAGUCUACCUGGGACCCCCUCGCCUCUUCCAGGAGCUCCAGGACCUGCAAAAGGAUCUGGCCGUCGUGGAACAGAUAACGCUGCUUAUCAGCACCCUGCACGGCACAUACCAGAACCUGAACAUGACGGUGGCGCAGGAUUGGUGCCUAGCUCUGCAGAGGCUGAUGCGGGUGAAGGAGGAGGAGAUCCAUUCUGCCAACAAAUGCAGGCUCCGGCUCCUGCUUCCAGGGAAGCCAGACAAAUCUGGCCGCCCCAUCAGCGUCAUGGUGGUCUUCAUCACCCCCAACCCCCUCAGCAAAAUCUCCUGGGUGAACCGCCUGCACUUGGCCAAAAUCGCCCUCCGGGAGGAAAACCAGCCCGGCUGGCUGUGCCCCGAAGAGGACAAGAAGAGCAAGGCCCCUUUCUGGUGCCCCAUAUUGGUCUGCCGCCUCCCUGCCUUCUCCAGGGCUCUCGACCUGCAGCUUGGCACCGCGUUGCACAGCCCGGUCCAUUCCUCACUGCUGGGUUUCUCGGCCGUCAGCACUUCCUUACCACAAGGCUAUCUCUGGGUCGGGGGAGGCCAGGAAGGGGCCGGGGGCCAAGUGGAAAUCUUCUCCCUCAACCGUUCAGUGCCUCGCACGGUGAAGUCCUUCCCGGUGGCUUCCCCGGUGCUCUGCAUGGAAUACAUUCCGGAGAGGAGCGAGGAGGAGCGUGCCGGGGAUCCGGAAAUGGCUGCCGACCAGGCCUUGCCCGCACAGCCUGCCAUCUACCUUGGGCUACAGGACGGCAGCAUCCUGGUAUACGGAAGCGUGGACACCGGGACGCAGUGCCUUCUGACGGGCAAGAGCCCCCGACUCCAGCCCGUCCUCUGCUUGAAACACAGCCCCGAUUACCUGUUUGCCGGCCUGCAGGACGGAACCGUCGCGGCCUACGCGAGGAGCAAUGGGAGCCUUUGGGACGUGACCGCUGAGCCCACCUGCCUGACGGUGGGGCUGGCGCCAGUCCGAACUCUGCUGACCUUGGAUGACGCCGUGUGGGCCAGCUGUGGGAACCAGGUCACCGUCUUCGACGCGGCCAGUCUGAAAGCACAGCAAAUAUUCGAGGCCCACCCAGAAGAAGAAGCCGGCGUCACUCACAUGAUCAAGGCAGGCAGUGGCGUCUGGAUGGCCUUCUCUUCCGGCUCCUCCAUCCGUCUCUUCCAUACGGAGACCCUGGAGCAUCUGCAGGAAAUCAAUGUCGCGACGCGGACCACUUUCGCCCUGCCAGGCCAGAAGAGCGUCCGUGUUACCAGCCUCAUGAUUUGCCAGGGUCUUCUGUGGGUGGGCACUGACCAGGGCAUUCUGGUCCUGCUGCCCGUGCCCCGGUUGGAGGGGAUCCCAAAGAUCACUGGGAAAGGCAUGGUCUCUUUCAACGGCCACUGCGGGCCAGUGGAAUUCCUGGCGGUCGCGCUCAGCACCCUGGCUCCAGACGUCUUAAAGAGCGAGAAGGAGGAAGACCCCCUGGCGGAGUCCCCAGCUGCCGAUGGCGAGAAGCAGGAGGGCGGGUCCACGGAGCUGGCUGCCCAAGAGAGCCCCCCCACCAGGGAGAUGCGGAAAAAGGGCAUCCUCUUGCAGUAUCGUCUCCGCUCCACCACCCACCUCCCUGGGCAGUUCCUCUCGGUCAAGGAGGCCCCUUCCGCCGCUGGGGGGGCCACUUUGGAGCACACCGAGGAAGACGGCUCCAUCUACGAAAUGGCGGACGACCCCGACGUCUGGGUCCGGAGCAGGCCGUGUGCCCAGGACAGUCACCGCAAGGAGAUCUCCUCCUUGGCUGUCAUCUCCGGCGGGCGAGGCUACCGGAACUUCAACCCCAAUGGCAAGACGCCGGCCAGCAGCGAGACGGACAGCACUCUGCUCAUGUGGCAGGUGCCUCUGAUGCUAUGAUGCCCGUCUCCUCUCUUCCCUUGCUCGCUGCUUCGCCUUUUCUCCCACUAGGAACCGCUUUCGGGCAGCGGCAACGUAACUGGAUUGUGUGUGCCGUUGGAUGUGGCCUGCUCUCUUGCCGUUUGACGUCUUUGGGGAGAAAGCGGCUCCCCUGCUCCCCUGCAAGAGGAUGGCAGGUUUUUAACUCCCUCUCUGGGUGGUGUUCACACUCUCUUUUUAAAGACUUGGUGUUCUUUUUUUUCAGAUUUCAGGUCUCUUGUUUGUCUGCUUCUCUGGGGAAAUGAACUUGCAGUUUUUCCAAGCAGGUGGCCUAGGAAUUGAGUGCUCCCUGCAGGUUUUGGAGCCACCAGGAAGAGUGUUCUUCUCCACAGAUGACUUUCCCCCCGGAAAGGGGCAUGAAGAUUUGUGUAUCCAUGUGUGAAUAUAUAAAUAAAUAUAUAUAUAAAUAUAUAUAUAUAUAACAUUAAAAAUUCUGUAUAUUAUUAAAUUGUAUAAAUGACAUCUGUAUAUAUUGGUGUGUCUUCUGACGCAGAAAUAAAGAAGGUAAACAGAGAA